CCUAUCACAUUCUUGAAGAAAGGCAGGUAGUUAGGUUCCAACUAAAAGUCAAAACUGAUGGACUAUAAAAAAAGAGUGACCUCAAGAAUCAGUAGAGCCCCUGAUAGUCGACUAAACAUAAGGGAUGUGGUCUGAGGCAGUGGCAAUAUUGGGGAUUGGCAUUGUGAUAUGGGCAUAUCAGGCCAUAAGGCCUCCCCCUCCAAAGAUCUGUGGGUCGAAAAAUGGUCCUCCUGUGACUUCACCUAGAAUCAAGCUUAGUGAUGGAAGGCAUUUGGCUUACAGGGAAAGAGGUGUUGCUAGAGAAAAUGCGAAGUACAGAGUUAUUGUUGUUCAUGGCUUUGACAGCUCCAAGGACAUCUACUUGCCACUCUCUCAGGAACUGAUAGAUGAGCUGGGAAUAUACAUUCUGACAUUUGACAGAGCUGGGUAUGGAGACAGUGAUCCUAACCCGAAUCGCUCAGUGAAGAGCGAAGUGUUUGAUGUUCAAGAACUUGCUGAUCGGUUGCAGUUAGGAGAGAAAUUUUAUUUGAUUGGAGUCUCCAUUGGGACAUACACCGCCUGGGGUUGUCUCAAAUACAUACCACACAGGCUAGCUGGUGUUGGUCUAAUAGUUCCAGUCAUAAAUUUCUGGUGGCCUUCUUUUCCAUCUGAACUCUCUGCAGAGGAGUACAAGAAACAACCUAAGAAGGACCAAUGGAAACUUCGUAUCGCACACUAUGCCCCUGCACUAUUAUACUCUUGGAUGUCCCAGAAAUGGUUUCCUUCAUGUUCAAUCAUGGCUAGAGAUCCAGUAAUUUUCACCAAACGCGACUUUGAAAUCUUAAAGAAAAUGUUACAAGUUCCCAAUCCUAAUGAGCAUAAGAUACGACAGCAAGGUGAACACGAGUCCCUCUACCGCGACUUGAUGGUGGGUUUUGGCAGUUGGGAAUUUGAUCCAAUGGAACUGAAAAGUCCAUUUCCUAACAAUGAGGGCAGUGUCCAGCUAUGGCAAGGUUGUCUAGACACUCUGGUGCCAUCUCAAAUGCAGAGAUAUGUCGCGAAGAAGCUGCCUUGGAUUCGGUAUUAUGAAGUUCCUGAUGGUGGACACUUGAUCGUCCAUGAUAAUGGUUUAUGUGAAACCAUGUUCAAGGCACUGCUGCUCAGAGAAGAACCCACUAUAGUGUAGAUUUGAUCAGAUGAUAUGGUGUCUCUAAGUUUGAAAUUUGCAACUUGUUUAUCAUCUAUGAGUGUGUGUUUGUGUGUUUUUGCUAGUAAUGGAAGUCUGUUGCACUAAUACUAACGAGUGGACAACUAAUAUGAAUGAGAAAGGACUGCAUUAGUAUGAAACUAUUGAUCAAAUGGAAUGAAAGUAUAUGCUCGGUUCAACAAAUACAAAUCAAUCUUCAUUUAUUUUUUAUUUUUUUAUUUUUAUUUUCUAAUCAUCCUUAAGCCAUUAUGAAUCAAACUGCUCAAAUUUUCAAAUUCAUGUAGGUGAGUAUAAAUUGUGGUUAUUGAGAAAACAAAAGCAGUGCUCACUAUUGGCAUUUUUUCUCUUUGUUCUAAAGAAGAUCCUCCUAUUUUUCUUACCAUUUAUUCACAUUUUAGCAAAUCAAGAAUUUGAAUCUUGGAGGAUGUUUUUCACAAGUUCAAGUCAAAAAAAAAAAAAAAAAUAGAA